UAUUUAAUUAAACAGCCAUUUGAUCAGAUGGAUUGCAUCACUUUGACUGGAAGGCCCCUUUGGCUUACUCCAUCAAACUGCGUACGACGUCAACAAGUUACACAUCGCUCAAUCCACCCCAAUGCCAUCUUGACCAGCGUGACAUUUCACUUGCGAUGCUUCGUAUGAUGAGUGGUCUAACUCCAACAACCCUGGCCGUCGGCAAGCGGGCCUUUGUGGCGAGGAAUCUGGCAUCGUACAGAGCGUUACGGCCAAUCUUCGCUUCAGAUUCCGCGGUAGUCUCUCGAGGGUCACCACUAGCUUCACUGCACAGACCUGUCAUCCCCUUCAGUCACUCACCCAGACCUUAUCACUCCGCAUUCAGUACCUCUGCCGGUUUACUUAACACGGCCACCAAUGGAUCACAGCCACCCAAGUGGCGCCCUCCAUCGGACGAGAGCCUCAACCAGCGACCGGUGCUCGUCGUCGGCGCGGGCAAUAUCGGACGGCGCGUGGCCCUCGUCUGGGCUUCCAAUAACCGGCCUGUAACCAUCUAUGACAUCUCGCCGGACGCCCUACACUCGGCAACAGAAUACAUCACCGACAACCUGGGCUCCUUCUGCGCCGAGCGCGACACCCACCCGGGCCAGGUCCGCACCACGGGCGACCUCCGCACGGCGACCACCACCUCGGGCAGCCCGGAGCGCAACUCGGCCGGCGACAUCGCCGCCAGCGAGCACACCAACGCCCCCUGGCUGGCCAUCGAAUGCCUCCCGGAGUCCCUCCCGCUCAAGGCGUCGGUCCUCGCCCUGCUCGAGCGCUCCCUGCCGGCCGACUGCAUCCUCGCGUCCAACAGCAGCAGCCUGACGACGGCCGAGAUGGCGGCCGAGGGCCCGCUCCUGCACCCGCACCGCCUGCUCAACACGCACUACUUCAUCCCGCCGCGCAACCGCAUGGUCGAGCUCAUGUCGUCGGGCGAGACCGCGGCCGCCAUCUUCCCCUUCCUGGCGGCGCAGAUGCGGCGUGUCGGCUUCGUGCCGGUCGUCAUGCCCCGCGACAUCCAGAGCCGCGGCUUCAUCUUCAACCGCAUCUGGGCCGCGUGCAAGCGCGAGACGCUGGCCGUCCUCGCCGACGGCGUGGCCAAGCCGGCGGAUGUGGAUGCCUUGUUCAGGGACUUCUUCCAUGCGGAGAAGGGCCCGUGCGAGCGGAUGGAUGAGGUCGGGCUAGACGUCGUGGCGAGGGUCGAGCAGCAUCACCUGGAGAGGAGGCCGGAGCUGGGCAGUGCGGGCCACUUGGCAUGGCUGAAGGUGAAUUAUGUCCAGCAGGGGAAGCUGGGGGAGAAGAGCGGUGAUGGCCUGUUUACAGCCGAGGAGAGGAUUCAGCUGAAGGAGAACCAUCGGGCGGGAAGACACGGGGCCGUGGAUGAGACGGCUGGGGCGUGAAGUUUGUAUCUGCGUCUUGCCUCCAGGUUGAAGCUUGGUCCGUGGGCGUGGUGAUGUAUGGCUUGAGGAGGUCUUAGGUUUCGCGUUGAUUCCUACGUCUUGUCUGGACAACACAUCGCAUAACGAAAACGCGCGGGCGAGCUGCAGAGUAAGCGCAGCAUGAUGACCUGUAAGAUGCACCUGCCAGCUACCAGCCAAGGUGGUUGGGGUGUCAAGACAGCCGUGACGGUGCAUUACCUGUACCUUGGGGUGUCGGAGUCGUGCGGGCAGAUAGCUGCCAGGAGCAUGCCUUCCCCAAGGCAUCAAGCAAAGGCACACUCGCUGUAUGUGGG